AUGGCACCCUCUGCUGUAUCGAUUGAGGCUUGCGAGCCUAUCUUGCCUACCAAAACUUAUCUUAGCAAGAUGAACGGCAUCAAGUCAGCUGUGAACGGCUCGGUGAAAGAAGUUGCUGCAUAUCUGGACGACACAUAUACAAUCACAGAACAGCCGAUUGGUACUAGGCGACCAAUUCGCGUAGCAUGUCUCGGCGCUGGCUACUCUGGUCUGAUGAUGGCCAUCAUUUUCAGCCAGAAGAUGCAGAACAAGAAUGCCGAACUUGUGAUAUACGAACGUAACGCUGAUAUUGGAGGCACCUGGUUGGAAAAUCGGUACCCUGGCUGCAAGUGCGACAUCCCAGCGCAUAAUUAUGCAUACAGCUUCGCGCCGAAGGAGGAUUGGCCCAACUAUUACGCCACAUCCCAGCAGAUUCAUGGGUACAUGCAUGAGGUUGCCGCGAAGUACGACUGCAUGAAAUAUGUGAAGCUGCAGCACUCGAUCCAGGGCGCGCGCUGGAACGAAAGCAAGUCCAAGUGGGACUUGACGGUGAAGGGCAGCGAUGGCAGCUCCUUUCCAGAUGAAGUUGAUGUUUUCAUCAACGCAGGAGGUGUCCUCAACAACUGGAAGUGGCCCAACAUCAAGGGUAUUUCGGAUUACAAGGGCGCACUCCUGCAUUCCGCAAAAUGGGAUGAAUCAUAUGACUUCACUGGCAAGAAGGUGGCCGUCAUUGGCAUCGGUUCCAGUGGCAUCCAGAUCGUGCCCCAGCUGGCCAAGGUUGUAGGUGCGAUGGACUGCUACGUCAAAUCACGCACUUGGAUUUCGCCAGCGCCUGGUAUCAACGAGCCGACGGACCAGGACCCAGAAAUGGAUUCUGAUUACAACUUCACAGCCGCGACGCUCGAGCUGUUCAAAGACCCGGAAAUCCUUCGGAGCUACCGUGCCGCAAUAAUGGAUCGAAGAAUCGAUAACUUCAAGCGAGCCAUGGCCGACAGCGAUCUGCAGAAAAAGGCACAGGAGAUGUUCCGAAAGAGUAUGCUCGAACGCCUAGGCGACACAGAGAAAGGCCGCCGAGCGGCUGAACUGCUGCUUCCAGACUUUCCUGUCGGCUGUCGAAGACAAACUCCGGGACCUGGAUUCCUUGAGGCUCUCGGCAAGGAUAACGUCAACCUGCACUGGGAUGACAUUGAUGGUAUCACAGACAAAGGUAUCCGCAGUCGUUCUGGAGAAGAGCGUGACUACGAUGUGAUCGUCUGUGCCACAGGCUUCGACACGACUUUCAAGCCAGCUUUCCCCUUGGUGGGCCGCAAUGGAGUCAACUUGGCCGAGAGAUGGGAAGCAGACAGGCCCAAAGCGUACUUCGGCAUAGCUGUGCCUGAUAUGCCCAACUAUUUCUGCUUCGUCGGCCCUAACAGCCCCAUAAGCAACGGGUCCCUUGUCAUGGGCAUUCAGAACACAGCAAUAUACAUAUACAAAUGGCUUGAGAAGCUCCAAACGGAAAGCCUGAGCAGUUUCGCGGUACAUCAGGACGUCAAUGAGGAAUACAACCAGCACAUCCAGCGCACCAUCGACGGUCCGGUAGUCGCAAUCUAUGGCGGUACCACUUUCCACUUUAUGGAAGCGCUGAAGAAUCCCCGUUGGGAAGACUUCGACCUCAAGCGUCAACCUGAGGCCAAGUCCAACAGAUUCGAGUACCUCGGCAAUGGGUUCACUUGGAGGGAGACCAAGUCACAGUCCGUCGGCGCGACGCAGACCGUGAAUCUUGACGACUAUUGGAAUUUGUUUGUGCUGCCACAAAUCCAUGACUGA